CUCACUACAAAAUCAAAAAGGUUUUAACGAAAAAUGAUUGAUUAUACGGUUUCACAUGGAAACGCGUCACAACUUCACAGGAACUAUGGAGAAGUGGCAACAGCAACAUCAAACACGUCUUGGCCGAGCUACAGAUCAACAAGGAAGGAAAACGUACCUGUUGUAAAACGGAGAGGAACCAUUGAUGCAUUUCUGUCCAGUCAGUCUCAGAGUAAAAUCAGGUCUAGAGGAAACGAAGACGGAGUGGGCAGUCGGCAUGCAAGUGUUGCAACAGGUAAUGUUAUGGAAAAGGCUCGUACAUCACCACAAGAUCAAGAGAAUAGGGAUUGCAAUACGCAGGGAUCUGGAGUGAAUAUGAAAUCUAACUUGAAGAGUAUCCAUGGUGUUCCUCUUCCUUCAUUGCCAGUAUUCUCAUCUGUCUUUACAACUGCAGAGGAAGAGGAGAGCUGUGAUAAACAAGAUGAUCUUAGUAAUCCAUUUGAUGAUCUCGACGUCUGUGCAUCAGUUGCUAAUUAUAAAGGUGUGAAUGCUUGUAGUCCCAUGAAAUUGGAUAGAGACAAAGAGGUACAUUGUAGCUCUAUGCAACAGUCACACUCGUCCUUAUCAAAAUGUGAAGUCAGCAGACAAUUAGAUUCUACAUGUACUGUUAUUCAGCAUGCUGAAGAUUCAUAUCCAAGCUUGAACAAGAGACAGAUGAAUGGAUGCAUGGGAAGUGACACUCUACAAACCAACAGAGAGCUUCUUAAUAAUUCAUUUACUAAACAAUCUUUUUCUACCAGCACAGCAACAGAUCAUGAGGUGAUUGAUCUUACAUUUAGUCAAGCACCAGACAGAAGUACAACAAGAGGUCAAGUUGUUUCAUCUGCUAAAGUUUUGGAUUCACUAGUAAGUGACGAUGACUCAGAGGCAGACUUUGAUCAGAAUUUUGUUGCUUCAACACCUUAUGUACACAAACUCAAGAAGAAGCGUCAUAAUUUGAAGAACAAGGUGCUGUCAUCUGCUAGUGAAGAAGAUAAUAUGGAUAAUGAAGCUGAAAUGGCACAAUUUGUGAAGACCGGUGAAACAGACGGUUGUGACCAUUUACAAUCAGCGAAUGUGCCUGUCUCGGAUGAUGAAGAUCUGGCAGUUACAAGGAAGGAAGUAGAAGAAUACUUGGAUUUUCCACCCCCAUCACCCCCAUUCUUUAUGAAUGACUGGGAAGACGAAGCACCUGAAAGUCCAGAACUUUUUUGUUCUACGUCUCCACUUCACUGUCACAGCGAUAGCACAACUAACAACAGUAGACCAGUCACUGGUUUUCUCAAAGAUUGUCAAAAUAAUCAUAUGACCACUAGAGAAAGUUCUACACCAGCAACACAAUCAUCAGUUGUUAUGAAUGUAGUUAAAGAUGUGCCCACAACUACCAAAAUGCCGGCAAGUGUUUCUAAUCCUUUUGACGAACUCAAUUUUGUUGAAACAAGAAGGGUAGAAGUUAUGGAUGAAAUCUGUGGCUAUCUUGAUUGCGUUUCUGCUACUUCGUUGGCCACUGUUCCAGGCUUGAAUUUUGUUCAGCUGCAAAGAGCUUUAGCAUUGAGGUAUAACAACACAUAA